AUACAUAUGCCAACUGACUACAAUGUAUGCCAUAUUCUGUACUGUAUAUAUGUACAUAUUUGGCGUAGGAAAAUGCAAACCAUGAUCGUGUAUGGUAGAAAAUUGUUUUCCCUACGAAGUAAUAAAAUAAAAUGGAGAGGAAAACAAUUCGCUGAAUGUAUACAAUUGUUUCACAAGUCUCAAAUAUCAUCUAAGCACAAGACAGGAAUGUAAUGUGAGAUCUUGUCAAAAUACAUAUGCGAACAUAAUAAUUUUUGAAUGUAACUGGUAAAUCCUAGAAAACUUUCUUUCCCUAUACAACCAAAUAUUUAUUUGUUAACAAUGUCACUAAAAUGCAUGGUAGUUUUAAGUAUACUAAAUAUCAUUAAACUUUUUUCCUGGUUCAAAAAUUAAAAAAUUAUAUGUGUUUAUGCGUACGACGUUGGAACGGGCAGCAUACUUAUGACGUGCCUUGUAUGUGGUCCUGUAUUUGCAUAUGUGGGCAAAUGUAGAAUUUAAAUUGUCAUCAAUGGUUGUCAUGGAUGCGUUUGAAAUAAACAGAGAGUCACCUUCACGAGAUUAUUGCCCGCAACCCCACAUGUGGUGCGAUAACUUUGUUGCUGGUGCUCACCUCACCUCCAGCUUUUCACAGGCGUGUUACAAAUCAAUCAAACCCAUCGAUUAACGAUUGGUUCAAGGGAAAUAAUUUACCUUCUCAGCAGUUUGCUCGGAAUUGAAGGUGAGAAUUUCUAGUCACGGGCAUAAACUAGUUACAAAAGUAAAUAAAUAAGUUUUAUUUCCAGAAAAAAAUUCACAUUUAAUUGGGCCAAUUGGUGAAGAAGGACAAGAGUGGUGACCAAUUGCACGACAUACAUCUACUUGUCUUAAAAAAAAGGCUUCAUUAUCAUGGAUGGAGCUGGAGAUUCUGUGCAGGAACAUUCAGCAACUAAUCGACCGCCCCCACCUGUUCUUCUUGUCGACGGUCACGACAUGGGAGACGAUGGGAGUGGAGAGAUGACACUUGCCGAUCGAAUGGAUGAGCUUUCGACGGACGACAUGCUGAUGGAAGGGAACUACUCAUCCCCCUCUUCCGAAAGGUUCGAGAAAAUCAUUGGAGCUAUUGAGGACAUUGUCGUGGGUGAAGAAUUCCAGUCUCUCCAAAACCAUUUCAUGUCGACAUAUUGGACAAAGUUUUCCGAGAGUCACAGGCAGAUUAAGGAAGACAAGUCCGAAGCCGUGGGAGCUACGUCUGAAGACUUUUCUGAAGAAAAACACGAACAUUUUAAAAUUUUCCAAAAUUAUUCUCAGGAAAUGGCACAUUUGUUGGAGUCACAGUUAAAGAAAGCGUUUCGUGACCAAAAUUUUGACUUUAGUCAAUUUGUGGAAGAAUUUGGCAAACGAGUUGAUCAAGGUCCUGAGCAUGACUCGAAUCACAUGCUGGAAAGUGAGAUCUUUGAAAUGUUGUUCACAUUGACGGAUUUUGUCAAGUUUAAAGAGCUUUUUAUGGACUACAAAGAGAUGAUGGAAGGCAAAACGCCCAAUUUGGCUACCGGUAUCACACUGAAGCCUUUCAACGCGUCCCCGAGACCCUAAGCGUCUACUUCGUGCUUCUAAAAUUCGCUAUGCCUAAUUUUAAUACUGGUGGUUAUGAAAUAGCAAAAUCUACAUGUAUCUUAUCACUAAGAAAGAAACAAUUGUACAUAUUUGUAUAAGUAUCUGUAAUUCCAACUAAUUUGUUAAAAUUAUCUUCAACUGUUGCCUAAAAGUAUUGCUAAAUGUUAUAAAAGUUUGCAGUAUUUUAA